AAGGAGGUGAAGGAGGAGGUGAAGGAGGAGAAGAUGGCAGGAAGGCCGAGAUACAUAUGUGGCGCCCCCCUCUGGGCUCAGACCACCCUGCAGCUGAGAGACCUGGAUGGAGACAGCAGGGAGAGCGCCACAGUCUGCACGGAGAAAGCUGCUCUGGAGAAAGACGAGCUACAGAAAGCAGCAAUUGCGUAUGUGAGGAGUAGGAUGGAGCAAGGCAGCGAGGAUACAGAAAGCGAGAUCGAUUCGGACGAAGACUAUUUUGAUGAGGAGGAAAAGAACAUGAUCAGAGAGGCAGAGAGGAAGCUCAAGGCAGCGAAGGAGAAAGAACAGAAAGAGCAGAAUGAGAUCAAAAUAAUGCAGAACAAAACCAAGGUGAGGAUGCUUAACAUGGCCGAAGAAAUGAAGGAGCAGAGAGAGAUGAUGGCGAUGGAAGGUGAAAGGAAAGAUGCAAACAGAGCGGUGUGGAGAGAGCUGGAGAAAGUGCAGAUGAAAGGCAAUGAUGACAAACGACAAAGUUUACUGCGGCUGGAGAAGAACUUUGACUCAAACAGCGACACAGACUUGGACUCGGAGGAGUCCUCGUUCCAUGAUCAGAAGACGUAUAUGACGGACAUGAUUCUGCAGAAAUUGGAAGAGAUGGACAAUAGAAAGAAGGAAGGUGUAGGUGUCGGGAAGAUCACUGAAGAUGAGAAUGAGGAAGUGGUGGCCAGUGACCACGUGAUCAAAGAGAAGUCCCUCGCCCUCAUCAAAGACCUCAAGGAGAAGCCCCACGCCCUCAUCAAAGACCUCAAGGAGAAACCCCACGCCCUCAUCAAACACCUCAAGGAGAAAACACAUGGCGAAGAAAGAUUCAAAUUCACUCCUGUUGACGAAAAGAAAAUACAGAGAGAAGAGCAUGAAAGACGGGAAAAGGACAGAGAGAUUAAAAAAGCUCGGGAAAAAGAAGAGCUCUUGAAAACGCUGAAGAAGGAGAAGGAGAUAAUGAAGAAACAAAUGAAGAAGAAGAGGAGAAUUGAAAGAAUGACCAAAAAGUAA